UCCGCAAUCCAAACGCGCGCUUUCUAUUGGCUGGCCUCCUUCAAACGGGAGUCUGCGGACACGCCCCCCCCUCGCAGCUCCUGCCUUAUAAAGCUGAGGCUGCAGCUCCAUGUGGACGUUGCGAACUGUCAACAAUCUAGCCGACACCAACCGAGAGAAACGGGUUUUUCCCCUACCCUUCGACUUCAAUCUGUGGAGAUUACGCCUCUGAAAAACACACGCGCAAACAUGAAGGUUGUCGGAUCUACCUGCGCCCUGAAGAGCAAGGUCGGCGGCGAGAUGGGGCUGUCCGAGCAGAGCUUGACCAUCGCCAAGUGCAAGAUCCCGCUGCUGGACGAGCAGAUGAGCGUCUUCCUCCAGGACAUGAACAGCUGCUACAGCAAGCUGAAGGAGCUCGUGCCCACGCUGCCCACGAACAAGAAGGCCAGCAAGGUGGAGAUCCUGCAGCACGUCAUCGACUACAUCUGGGACCUGCAGGUCGAGCUGGACGAGCCGGAGAAGAGCCGCCAGCACUCGGCCGCCAGCGUCCCGCGCACGCCGCUGACCACGCUCAACGCGGAGCUCGCCAGCAUCUCAGUGGAGCAGAACGGCUGCUCAGACGACAGGAUUAUGUGCCGCUAAGAGGUCCCGGAGCAUCGCCCCACCAUUCCGCAGCGCACGGGGAGACUCGGCGUGACCUCUUGGGGUGGACGCAUCGACCCCCUAGAGCCUUGAACUGUGUAGGGACGCUUCGAAGUCCCAAAUUGUCGAAAAAACUAAAAGCAAAAAAAACUUUUACCAUCAUCCUCCCGCAGCGGUGGUCUCUCAGUAGAGGCUCUCGAUUUAUCCGAGGGCCCUGAGAGCAGAGCAGAGCAGAGGAGAGCCGGGGGUGUCCAGAUCGUGGACUGGGUUAGUCAGGGGGACCAAGACGAGUUCAGAGCAACAGGCGACCCCUCGUUGCUAUAGUGGAGCUUCUAAAGCAAAAAAAUCCCCUACGUCUGUCACGCUCUUUGUAUCAUGUGUUAACCAUAUAGAGAAUCCAACAUUUUGUAAAAGAAGAAAAAAUAAUUUCUCAGAUUCCUGAGCAACAAAAACUGUAUUGUAUAUUACAAUGCCAUAGUAUGUGAAGAUAUUGUUUUCUUACAAUGUACCUUAUUUGUGUUUUUAUUAAAACAAGACAAUUAUUUUUUUGGAAACAAGAA